AUGGCUCUAGCUGCGCAGAGGAAAAAAGUUGUUGGGAAUAGCACUUUGAGAAGUGCUGUUCUCGGCGGAUGGGAGAUGUGCGGUCGGCGGUCCGGGCUGCUCUUCCACUCGGCGGGCAACAUCCUUGGACUCCUGGUGUCCGGCGCGCGGUUGUACGGCUGGCCCCUCUAUGCCAUGGAUGUCGUCCUCGGCUUGGCGGGCGAUGUCGUCCGGUUCCUCUCGGCAUUCGGCGGGGUGCGGCGCGACUUCAAUCCUGACAUUCUCGGAUGGUGUUCCAAUCUAUUGUGGGAGCGGGUGUAUGGCGAACGGUUACCUUCUGGUUUUUUAUCCGAGCAACGGUACGAGAAAUAGGAGUUCCUGUCUCGGGGGCGUCGUCGUCCGUAUGCUCUCCCGAUGUUUCGUCCUCCGGCUCUUGGGCUGCCGACGGAUCUUCCACUAGGAUGCAGCUCUCCUCCACCUGUGUCGAAGAUAAAUCAUCCAGU